AUGGACCAGUGCAAGGUUGAGCAGGGCAAUUUGUUCAUGCGGUUCAGCGCCCGGGUCCUCGAGCUGUGUUGGCAGCAUCGUGUUCCUGCAACGCUCGAGCAUCCUACCUGUUCUCGUUUGUGGCUGUGCCCGCCCAUACAAGCUCUGCGCAGGAAACCGCAUGUGACGGUGGUGAACACGCAUUAUUGUGCUUGGGGAAAGCCGUUCAAAGAGCCCACAGCUUUUCUUGGCGUCUACAUUGCGCUCGACCGGGUUGGUGCUCGCAAGUGUCUGAGCAAGCGACUUUGUCACUUUACUCAGCGCCCUCAUGUACCGGUGCAGGGUCACCGCCAGGAUGGUACCUGGCGAUCUGGAUGGAAGCAGUGCUAUCCUCCUGCGCUGUGCAAGGCGUUGGCUAAAUGUUUCUACGACUUCGAGGUUCAGACCAUUGCCUACCAGUUUCAACGUUGA